AGCCGGUUAACUCUAUCUGAAUACACAGACAAGGAUGAGGACGAUGAAGACGAGGAAGCGGAAGAGAAGGCCAAAAUAUACGGCGAAUGGCCCAGUACUGAUAAAACAAGAGCAUCCACGCACGACACAGAUAAUUCUGCACCGACCAAUAGGAAUGCAGAUAAUUCAAGCACAGCCAAUACGAAUAUAGAUAAUUCGGAGGCAGUCGAUACUCGCGGGAAUGGAGUGAAUUCAGAGCAAACCGACGAAGAUUCAGAACAAAGACACGAUGAUGCUAAAGAGAUUGCCUUCAAAUCAAAGCAG